AUGGGGAUUUGGACCGUGGGAUGCCACAUUCCCAGUGCCCAGGGGCAGCGGGAUGCUGGGGGGCACCCUCAACUCCUGCAUCCUCCAGCUCCCAUCUCCACCCCCCUGACCCCUUCUCCCUUCCCUUUCCUGCACCAGGACUCGGGGAACGGCUGCUGCUGCCCAGGCUGCUGCCUGCCCUGCGCCACGUGCUGCGGCAAAUGCUGCGCCAGAUGCAGCGUGUGCUGCGCCAAAUGCUGCACCAAAUGCAGCUGGUGCUGCGCCAAAUGCUGCUGCCUGCCCAAGUGCUGCCGGUGCCCCAAGUGUCCCAAGUGUCCCAAGUGUCCCGGUUGCGGCAGCUGCUCCGGCUGCCUCAAGAAGUCCCUGUGCUUCGUCCCUCGGCUGCUCUGCUCCCUGCCGCGCAAGCUGCUGAGCUGCGGCCGCCUGCGCUGCCUGCUGAUCGUGGUGGUCCUGGUGGUCCUGCUGGUGCUCAUCAUCGCCGGAGCCCUGCUGCUGCGGCUGAGCGCUGAGCAGGGUCUGCGGGGUGAGCUGUGGGGUGGAGCGGCCUGGGAGGAGGACGAGGUCACUUUCUACCUGGAUAACGGCGAUGGGAACGCGGCCACGGUCAUCUACGACUACAAAAAUCUGCUGGUGAGCUACAGAGCCCGGCUGCACCGCGCCUGCUUCGUGACCCGCGUGGGCAAGGACAACAUCCCGGGGCUGGACACCGCCGUGGAGAUCUUCCAGCGCCGGCAGGCUGAGGACAAGAUCUCCGUGCCCCUGGCUGACCGCUCCCUGCUGGGCACCACGGCGGGCAUCCUGUGCAACCUCCUCCCGGUUUAUUGGGCUUAACCCCGCGGGGUGAGCCCGCAGCGUGGGCAGGGGGGCUGCGGGACCCCCGACCACCCGGCAGCACCCCACAGCACCCCAACAGCGCCAGCUUCGCCUUGCAGCACCCCUCGAUGGACGCGACCCCACUGGGAGCAUCGGCGGCUCCUCCACGGCCGCCCCCGCGCCCCUCACCCCGAAUUUGGGGUGCGGGGGGUGAGGAGGGGUCGGGGGUCGGUUCUGGGGGGGCUGCGCUGUGCCGGGGGACAGCUGGUUUGUCACUUAAGUCUUCUCAGCUUCGCCAAAACCCAAGUGCAAAAAUGAGCUUUAAAAAAACCACGACAUUUAAAGAAAA